UUGUAUAUGUAUAAUUUUUUAACGUUAAAAUAUAACUUCAAAACUUUUAUUAUUAAUUCUUAUUUGUCAAAAUAUGCCGUUGUUUCAAAAAUCUUUUUAUUAAGAAAGAUAAGAAAAUUAUUAUGUGGAUGCGUAAGUUCUCUUGCCGAUUUUGCAAUUUUUCUUUAUUAAACAAUCGAUAAAGCAUAAAUCACUCAAAGUAUAUUCUACGACUUUUUCGCAUCUUUCAACAUGCAACAUGCGAAUAUCACGUUAAAAGAAAGAAUCGUCUUUUGAGGCGAUUCAUUCAUCGAGUCAUCGGCAAGAACUUAUAUGCAUCGACCUAUUUAUCUAACAUAAGCAGGACAUUCGGUGAUCGAUAAUACAUAUGCUGUUUUUAUAGAAUUUUAUAGGAUUUUACAGAUAUUGAUAUCUUGUCGAGAAUCACGACAAAGGCAUUCCGCAGAAGUGACGAUGUUCUUCCACUGAAGACUAAAGUUUAAAGUAUAAAUAUGGUGCCACAAUUGAUCAAAACUAUUUCACUUCUUUUAAGCACAGACGAUGAAAGGCAUAAAUAUUUAUGAAAGCGAUUUUGAAGAGUAAACUUGGGCUUACAAAUAAGUCAGAAAAAUGAACUUUGAAUCGCGGUGUGAUGCCCCGAGAGAUAGCUUUUGGAAUGUUGAAAUUUAGGGUCAGUCAUUUCCAUAGCAUAUUCUUUGAUACAAUCGACAAAAUUAUAUUAUAUUAUUUAUUAAAAUACACGUUGAUUCAAAGGAUGAAAGAAAACCUUUGUUAGCUUCCAAUUUAUGCUUUAACGCAGUAAUUAAGCGAAUUAACCAAUUAUUCGAGAUUCGAGAUUUCCGACAGCCUCGAUCAUGAAUGCUAUCGCUUAUUGCUUACGCUUACUGCUUACUGUUUACGUUCUUCCUUGUGACUAUCCUGAAAGGAAAUCGAAGAAAUUGAGUUCGAUAGAUGGGUGUAUUAUGGAAAAAAAUAAAAUCUUGGAGACUAUGCAUUAGAAAUUGAGAUUUCGAUUUGAAGGUUGAAACUUGAUCAAUCAUAACAUUGCCUGCUACUUUUUGAUUGGUCGAAUCUCAGUCUCUAAUGCGUGAUCUGAUCUGAGGGCUUCGUAAACGUGUAGGAAAAGGAUAACGCAUCGCUGCUAUCUUUCUCUAAUAUUUUCUAGAGGAUCGCUAUCGAAUCUCGGCAAGAGACACACACGUACAAUUAUUAAAUCCGUGAAGGUCACAAAUAUUAUUCCAUCUGUUAUUGUGUGUCUAUUUCAAAUUGGCUUAGAGCGUUUAGUUGUUCGGGAAAUUCGAUAUCGAGCGAAGUAACUCCAAGUCCGUACAUUUCGAAGAGCGUAUUGUCGACAUCACGUUAAAACGAUGAAUAUCCAUAUCGCCGUUAUAGUACUCGUUAGCUUAGGAAUUGACGUUUCCUGUCAAGAAAUCUUUUCCUCGUAUUCGUCGCUGAGUAAAAAUUUCAUGGACAAGCAAAUCUCGUGCCUGAUGGAAACCGGGUCGUGCAAUGAUAUGGGAAACAAAAUGAAACGUUUGCUACUGCAAAACGAUUGCGAGCGUUGCAGUUCGCAGCAGAAAGCACGCGUAAAGAAAUUGGUAGAUGCUAUACGGUCACAGUAUCCCGCACAAUGGAAAGUGAUCAGAGAUAAAUACAAUUUGGAGCGAGAAUAGUAUAGUUAAUUUUAAUACUGAAAUCACGAGGAGGAUAAGAAAUAUAAUAUUCGUCAAAGGGAUCACGCAGACGAUAAAGAACGAGGCACCUUGGCUGCAGUCCACCGUCCAGUUCAACCGAAUAAUAAUGCAAAACAAUUGCGAGCGUUGCAGCAAUAAAAACAAAGCAUAAUUGCGAUAUCUAUCUACCAAUACUUCCAGAAUAUUGAAAGAACAUUCUAACCAUGUUCUUUGUAUUAUUUUUUUCUGUUCCAUUUUUGCAACAAAGUAAAAAUUAUUAACAUUUGUAGCUUUUGCACAUUUUAUGGUAGUUUUCGUAUGUUCCAUCAACGUAAUCCAACAUGAAAAAAAAUCUUAAUACAAAUGAUCUUAAAUUAAAUUAAUAUUGAUAUUUUUCAAAUUAAUGUAUACAUUAAAAAUAUGACAUAUUAUAAAUUGUAGAUAGACACUUUUAUGUACAGACGCUCAUGGAAAACAGAAUUAAUAUUACUUAUCUACUAAUAUCAAUAUUACUUGUGAUUAUACUAUUAUAUGUUAAAAAGCUAAAAUCCCUAUUAUAUAAUUAUAAAAUUGUAAUUUUAAUCACAAUUACAAUGGUGUGAAACAAAUAAAGAUAUUUUUUACAUCUUUUUCAAGAAA